UCAGUCAAACUUUGCGUCUUCAUUGGAAAGUUCAGCAAAUAUCAUAUGGGUUACAUAUGGCGCCAUCUGUGAAGCGGCACAGCUUGAAUGUUGAAUAUUGUGGAAUUGUGGGAAGAGAAUCUCUCUAAACUCUUGUGGUGUCUUCAUUCACCUCAUUCGUUGGUGAAGUUCCGUGGCAAGUGGACGUUUGCACAAAGUUCAGUUAAUUAAAACUGUGUGUUCAAUAAGUGUUCUCUUUUGCACGAUUGAUUUCGGUUGCACUUCAUCUCGGCACUGAAAACAUUUGAAGCUAGAAGAGAAGAACAAUUGCCCAAUUUUUGACCAAAAUCACGUUAUAAAGUUCAUAGUGAUUUCUAUUUUUGCGGUCAAUGUGUGAGUGUGAUUUUAUAAGAGAUUGUAAAGAAGCGAAUUAAGAUGGAUACACGUCUGCAGAGUAAUGAAGUGCGAAUUCCAAAGCCGGAAUUCGAUCUUAAAUCUGGGAUUCAGUGUCAAUACUUCCAAAGUUCGUUCGCCAGAUCACUCAUGCUCAAUCAGUCAAAUUUCACGCGAUCACUGGAUAUUCCGCUGAAUUUUGACGAUCAUCCUCCAGCCAAAGAGGUUGCCAAAGUGGCCGCCAAGGAGGAAAAAUCACCCGGUGAUGAAGUUCAAAGUCCUGAUAGUGGAGAAGAAGUCACCCCAAUGGAAAUAAAGGAUUUCUGGCUAAAUUCUCAGCGAAUUUCACCGAGGAAAACCCAAGAUUCGACAGAAUGCGAGGUUUUACGGCUGCGAAAGAAAUGCCAAAACCUCAUUGAGGAAAAUCGCCGUUUGCACUGCACAUCCAGCAAUGCUGAGAAUCCACAAGUCGAGAUGAUGAUUCUGCAGAAUAAAGUGGACACCCUCAAAUGGCAAAUGCAGCAAAUUGAAUCAUCGCGCCAAAUGUACCGCGCUUUGAUGGAGAGUGUUGCACACUUCCUCAAAAGAUGCCAUACAAGCUUGGACGCCAUGCAACAGGAAUCACUGAGCAGGAGCAAGAGCGCCCUUCAGAUCGAUCCCGCCGAACUUCCAAUGUCGUCCUCACCGACCAGGCCUCGCAGCACCACGAACAUGAGUGACCUGGAGAUCACCUUGCCACGCCGCAAUAUCCUGAGUGACAUGAAUGAGUCCACAUACUCCAUCCAGACUGUCUCGUCCUACAGCAACUUCCGGGACUUCACAUGGAGACGUACGCCCAGACAUUCUUCUGUUCAAAAUCAGACACCGGGCACAACAAUGGAUACAGAGAAGCUGUCCCAGGAAGCCUUCCGCCUGCUUCGCAAUGUGAACAACUUGCUGAACACCCACGAACCAAUGUUGGCCAACACAGAGCCCACCAUUGAUGAUUCCCUCUUCUUCCUGACCACCCCAGCGAAGAACCUUUUGUUCGCCCACAAACUGGACUCUCGCGAGAGUCGCUCAUCCCUGAGAAGCACCUCAGAUUCAAAUUCAACAGCCUCUUCUAAGCCAGAAACUGACGAGGAAAUGCCAGAACGACCAUCGCCAAUACCCUGUCAAAGCAGCAUCCUCAAACCAGGAUGCAUUGAAGAUGAGAGUGGAUUCAGCUCCAUGAGCUCCUUUCAGGAGAUCGGCUUGCCACUGAUCAGCACACCUCGAUCAUCCUCGGUCUCCAGUGACUCAACAGCACCCGAUCCUGAUCCUCCGACCACUCUGACCAAAGUGGGUAUUCCACUGACUAAUCUGCACCGCUGCUGGGGUUCUGCGCCGGCUGUGCCACCUAAGAAAGCUGCCCUGCGAUCGCGAUUGCUGAAAGAAGACGAAAGCAUGCGCGUCCUUUGGGUGUGAAGCCCAAGCAGCGGCAGCAGCGCAACCAAAGCACUCCCACAAAGUAUUGUGAAAAUCGUUCCCCACUAAAGUAACCCUAGGUUAAGUGUGUUAUCAAAUGUCUGACUUAAGAUAUUCUAAAACAUUGUCCUAAUCUUAGCCACAAAGGAACCCUCUAAAAGGGUGUCUUGAGAAAAUUAAAUUAUUCCAGUUAGAAAGUCUAGAAAGUAGUAGAGAUUUAUUAAUAUCGAAUAAAUUGCCUACAGUCUUGUGUUAUGUUAUAAGAGAAUUCUAAAUAAAUUAAGUAAGGAAAUAA